CUCUGUUUUCUUGAGAUACAAACCCCUCUCGAUCUCCAUCUCCCCCUCAGCCUCUUCUUCCCCUUCGCCUCUGUAAACCCAAAAACCUUCAACUCCUUACAAAAAAAAAAAAAACUAGUAAAAAUCCCCAUUCUAUAUUAUAUUCUUUUCUAGAUCUUAGAAGCCUAUAAACACAAUAAAAUUCAAGUUUUCUGUACUUUAUUUGAAGGUUUUUGUGUUAAUCACGAGGUGGAGCUGUUUUGUUUUUUGUGUGUUCAAUUUCAAGGGGAAGAAUCUGAAAGGAUUUGGUUGUUGGGGUUUUUUUUUUAGAUCGCCUUCUUCGCCUGCAUUGUUCAGAUCUAUCUGAAUUCGGCUUCAGAUUUUUUCUGGGUUUAUUCGCAUCUGUUUGUUUGAAUCUGUUGAUCGAUGCUUCGAAGUUUUCGUCUCGUUUUUUCAACUGGGGUUUUGAUCGAGAUGAUGAAUGCAUGAGAAAUUGAUGAUCUGAUUGAAUUCGUUUGUGAUUUUUGAUUCGCAUUGGCAUUUAUUUGUUGGGGGAUUUUCGCCAUUGUUCCCGAUCAAUCCGAUUCUGAGAGAUUCACGAGGUGGGGGCUAAGAUCUCGAAGAUCUUUGAAGAUUUUGGCACUUGUAAUGAUUGUAAUGUGCCCUUAUUUCUGAGGAGGACAAGAAUCUGUGCAUUUUGUUCGUUUGAGGGCUGAAUUUGAAUUGAAGAUGGAUGAUAAUUUAUCUUCGAUCAGCGAGGAGCUUGCAGAUAUCGAGGGGAAAAUCAAUGACAUCUUUCGAGCUUUGUCAAAUGGGUUUCAGAAGUUGGAGAAGAUCAAGGACUCAAAUAGGAAGAGUAGACAAUUGGAAGAAUUGACAGAUAAGAUGCGUGAUUGUAAGAGGCUUAUUAAAGAGUUUGACAGAGAAGUCAAGGAUUUGGAAGGCGGGAAUGACUCGAACACUAAUAAAAUGCUGAGUGAGAAAAAGCAGUCUAUGAUCAAAGAAUUGAACUCAUAUGUUGCCCUUAAAAAGCAGCAUGCAAGCAAUCUUGGAAACAAGCGUAUCGAUCUUUUUGAUGGUCCUGGUGAAAGUUAUGGGGAAGAUAAUGUGUUGCUAGCUUCAAACAUGACAAAUCAGCAACUGAUUGAUAGUGGAAACAGGAUGAUGGAUGAGACUGAUGAAGCAAUUGAGAGGUCAAAAAAGGUCGUGCAAGAGACGGUAAACGUGGGAACAGAGACAGCAGCAGCACUGAAGGCACAGACGGAGCAAAUGAGCAGGAUAGUAAACGAGCUUGACUCCAUACAUUUCUCACUGAAGAAAGCCUCGAAACUGGUGAAGGAACUCGGUCGACAAAUCGCGACUGAUAAAUGUAUAAUGGCCCUCCUCUUCAUCAUUGUCAUUGGUGUCAUUGCCAUCAUCAUUGUCAAGCUGGUGAAUCCAAAUAACAAGGACAUUCAGGACAUCCCAGGGCUGGCACCGCCCGUCCAGAGUCAGAGUCGGAGACUGCUAUGGAAUUCCAGUUAAAAACCCGAGUUACAAAAGAGAAUCAUCAUCCAUAUCUUGAAACUCGCUUACUCUUCUGGGAUUGCUCUGAUGGGCUGAAUGAUGGAAAGAAGGGAAGGGAUUGGCCAUUCUUCAUUCAAACAUAAGCAAAAGGUGGGGGGACAGCUUAGCCAGGUUCCUUCAUACACCUAUCCAAAUUCAAAAUGAUUACCCCUUGACUUCAAAGCUACAAAUUGUAUUCACUUUCACUGGGUCCUGUCCUGUCCUGAGAUUUUACUGAUUUUUAUGUCUUGAAUAAUCUUAAUCACUCAUAUAUUGUAUCAUUUUGCAUUCAUGUUUGGGGAGUCAUUACUAUUUA